UGCUUAGUGUGAAGUGAGCAGGGUGAGGGAGUAGCCACCGACUGGAAAAAGCCCUGACUGCAUCCCUUCAGUUAAGAUAUCAUGCUGUGUUUUACGAGUAUAAUUACUUAGGCAAACGUUCAUUCUGUGCUUUACACCGACGCCCAAUAUUCUGGUUCAGUUUUGAAGGUGUUUUUCUCACAGACGCAGUUUUCUUAGCUUUUAGCCCUUUAUUUACUAGCCAAAAACGCUAAUAACAGCUAGCUAAGUAGCACGCAGCUUAGUUAAAAAAAAAAAAAAAAAAACCGCUUGUGAGGGUAACAGUUACUCUCACUAUGGCCUUAUCGGAGGCAGAAAACGGCUACCAGGAGGGAGGAGAACAGGAGGCAGAUGCUAUUGUUAAAACGUGUGUUUUGGAAAGCUUCAGUGAAAGCAGUGAAACCAGAACCCUCAUCGCUAGUCUUCCAGAAGUCCACGAAACCGAACAUGCUAGAGAGAUAGCAACUGAGAAGUUCCGAGUAAUCAUGGACAGAUACCAGGAGCAGCCUCAUCUGCUGGAUCCACAUCUGGAAUGGAUGACAAAGAUGCUGCUGAACUUUAUAAAUGAAAAUGCACCCACUUCUUUGGUUCAUCUGAGCUUCAAAUUCCUCUCUGUCAUCUGUAAGGUGAGAGGUUAUAAAGUCUUCAUGCAGCUUCUUCCUCAUGAGGUGUCUGAUGUUCAUCCAGUUUUGGAGCUGAUGUCCAGACAGGAUCCUAAAGACUUGGCGACUUGGGAAACACGCUACAUGUUGUUGCUGUGGCUGUCCGUGGCCUGCCUCAUCCCGUUUGACCUUUCUCGUCUUGAUGGUUACCUAGAAUCAGAAGGGGCUCAGGUCAGAGAGCCUGUCAUGGAGCGUAUUUUAGCUAUUGCAAAGACUUAUCUUCAAGUCAGCGACUCCCCCAGAGAUGCUGCAUCAGUUCUUGUUUCAAAGUUUAUGACACGCCCUGAUGUGAAACAGAAAUGUCUAGGGGGCUUUUUGGACUGGAGUCUCACCACCGUAUCCCAGACUGACCCCCUCUCAAUGAUGGGAAUCAUGGUGCUGGAUGGUGUCUUGCAGUCUUUGGCAAAACUUUUUAAGCAUGGGAAACGAGACGACCUUUUACAAUACGCUCCUACAGUUCUGCGUUGUCUGGAGGAAAAGCAUCUAACGGACAGCAGCGAGGCCAAGCUGCGAAAGAUCAAUGUCAAACUAAUCCAGAGACUUGGCCUAACAUUCCUUAAGCCACGUGUAGCUGCUUGGAGGUACCAGAGAGGCAGUCGCUCCCUGGCUGCUAACCUCACUGUGUCUCACGCUGCUACUGCUGCUGUUACUCCUGAGACAGAGACGCAAGAACAGGAUGAGGACUACGACAUUCCCGAGGAGGUGGAAACUGUCAUUGAGCAUCUGCUUGUUGGCCUGAAAGAUAAGGAAACAGUUGUCCGCUGGUCUGCAGCAAAAGGCAUUGGAAGGGUGACUGGAAGGCUUCCUAAGGAGCUGGCAGAUGAUGUGGUUGGAUCAGUUUUGGACUGCUUCAGUUUUAAGGAAACGGAUAAUGCCUGGCAUGGGGGCUGUCUGGCCCUGGCAGAGCUUGGAAGGAGAGGUCUGCUGCUCCCAUCAAGGUUGACUGAUGUGGUGCCACUGAUUAUCACGUCACUGACCUACGAUGAGAAGAGAGGAGCAUGCAGUGUCGGUUCCAACGUGCGUGACGCUGCCUGCUAUGUCUGCUGGUCCUUCUCCAGAGCUUAUGAACCUAAAGAACUUCAGCCAUUUGUCAACCAGAUUGCAAGCGCCAUGCUGAUCACUGCUGUUUUUGAUCGAAAUGUCAACUGCCGCAGAGCUGCCUCUGCCGCCUUCCAGGAGAAUGUCGGCAGACAGGGCACCUUCCCUCAUGGUAUUGACAUCUUGACAGAAGCAGAUUACUUUGCAGUCGGUAAUAUUACCAACUGCUAUCUGAACAUUAGUGUCUAUAUAGCUGGUUUUCCAGAAUACACCAAAUCCAUGAUCGACCAUUUGGUAUCCAGGAAAAUCAACCACUGGGACAGUGCGAUCCGAGAGCUUACCUCAAAAGCACUCCACAACCUGACGUCUCAAGCACCCGAUUAUAUGGCAACAACAGUUUUGCCUCAGCUGCUGACCAGAGCGGUGGGUGUCGAUCUGCACGGUCGCCACGGUGCCAUCCUGGCAUGUGGAGAAAUCACACAUGCUCUGUACAAGGUGGCUCUUCAGACCAACAGAACUGUCGUGGAUCUUAUUUCUCCAGAAUGCGUGGAUGCACUGAAGAAUAUUCACAAUGUGCUUGAUGAAAAAAAACAAUACAGGGGCUUCGGUGGAGGGCUGAUGAGACCAGCAAUCUGCACUCUUAUAGAAAAGCUGUCCCUGUCUAAAAUGCCUUUCAAGAAAGACCCUAUAAUCGCUGGAUGGCAAGGGAUAAUCGAUGAUACCAUAAAAAAUCUUCACCUCUUUUCAAGAGAAACAAAGGGGGAAAUCAUUGUUCCUGUAGUAACAGCGUUAUCUGCCCUGUGUGAGGAGUACUACCAGGACAGCACAAACCAGGCUGAUGCACAGAUUCAAGAUGUGCUCAUAUCCCAGUACCUUGAAGGACUGAAGAGUUCUCAGGUGCUCUGUUGUUGCGGGUCUGCUCGCGCCCUCGGUUCUCUGCCCAGAUUUAUGAUCCACGGCAAACUAAUGCAGAUCUUUGAAGGCCUUCAGAACAUGUGUGCUGUCAGCCAGCAGCAGGGGAAUUUAACCGAGGCAAGGAGAGACGCAGUCAGAUCAGUGGCUCAGGUAUUUAUGAAGGCAGGUGUUUGUUCCCAAGGCUGCCCUGACUCUGCCCUCUGCUCAGAGAAUAUAGCUGAGGUGUACGGCUUCCUUCUCAGCAGCCUGAAUGACUACACAACAGACAGCAGAGGCGACGUCGGGGCCUGGGUGAGAAAGGCAGCAAUGACCAGUCUAGAGGAACUCACCUUGAUGGUAGCCAGCAGCGCUCCAGAGAUCCUUCCACCAAACUUGGUGAAGUCUAUGAUGUGCUGCUUAGCUAAACAGGCUGCAGAGAAGAUUGACCACUACAGAGCUCAUGCUGGAAACAUCUUCCUACGCCUCCUUCACAGCACCGAUCCUGAAGUACCUCAUAUACCCCACAGGGAGGAGCUGUUGAACAUCUUUCCUGUUGAGACCAUAACCAGUCUAAACUGGAAUGCCUCAUCCCAGGCUUACAAGUACAUCGCACAGCUGCUUGGCUUGCCUGAGUAUCAGUACCACACCCUGCUGGGGCUCUCUGUGUCAGUGGGAGGGAUCACAGAGUCCAUAGUGCAUCACUCCUCCCAGUCUCUGUUUACUUUCCUGAGAGGGAUCCAGACUGACAGCGAUGCUCUGUCACAGUUUUCACAAAUGCUACUGAGGGUCUUUAGGGACAAUCUUCACAAUGACAGGGUAUCUGUUCCCUUACUUAAAAUGCUCAGUCAGAUGCUUGCUAACAGCGUUUUUGAAAUCUUCACCACACAUGAAAAUCACCAGGUCUGUGUGGAGCUUUUGAGUCUUUGCAAAGGCUUCAGGAAGUCCAAGAAUGUAGCCAAGCUUCGUGCCUGUAUUGAUGUUUUCUGUGGGCUGAUCCAGUUCCAGGGAGACGUGAGGAAGCAGGUUUUGACCCAGUUGCUGCUGCUGCUCUGCCAUCCAUUCCCAGUGAUAAGAAAGACCACAUCCAGCGAGAUGUAUGAGAUGCUUCUGACCUAUGAUGAUGUUACUGAUCCAGAUGUGCUGGAUGAUGUCAUGACCCUGCUAAGUGACACUAAGUGGGAGAGCGACCUCGCCACAGUGCAAACACACAGGAAUCAGCUUUGUGAUUGGUUAGGAGUCCCCAGGCCGCAGCUAGUUAUGAAGGUCCGUGCCCCGGUUCCGUGAUCUUUAAUGGAUGUUUAAUCCUGCAGGAGGAGCGGCCUCUCGCAUGACUCAGGAGACACUCUUUAGUUAGGAGUUCCCUUAUUAAGGAGGCCUGCCCAUCUGCCAGGAAAUGACACAGCUAACUUAACAACCUGUUCAAAGAGUUUAACAUUAGUGCAAAACAAAGUAAACUGUCAUGGUGGUUUUCCCUUCCAACAGCAACGUUCCUCUCUGUUUUAGCAGUUGUAAAACAAUAAAUGUCUUAAAAUGUACCUGUUGUAAGUCCUUUUUGUUGUUUUCUGUCAGUAAUUCUAUUGUUUCACUCUCUGUUUAGGCCUGUUUACUUGUAAGCUGUACCUGGAACAACACAGCUAUGUGAAAUUUACACUGUACUUUGCAGGCACUCCAGGGAAAUGGUUGCCAUUUAAAUGUUUUGGCACACAGCGUUGAAUGUCACUGAGGCCCCUGCUUCCCCUUUAGGGAAGGCAGACCUACUUUUUCUGCUCUGGCAAAGGUGCCAGUGGUUAAAGGAGUCUGAGGCCUGAUAGCAAAGCCUUCACGGUUGCCUGCAGAACAGAGGCCGUUGUGUCACCAUUGGUCCAGGCUUUCUAAUUAGUGGCUGAUAGUGGCCACAUUGUGCUAUGCAGCCACAAUAACAAAGAUGCAAUUGUUACAUUAUUUUAGAAUUAGCUGGUUUUACUGGCUCGUCAUACACAGCCCAAGCUUCUUAAGCUAGUAAUCACUAUAUUGCAUUACGUUUUGUUGCAUGGUUCACAUAACUGUUAAUUUUUUCCCCAUGGAUACUGGGGUUUAUUUUACUUUAUUCCAUGUGUUAGCAUAUGCUGUGUUUGCGCCUUUACCACAUACGUAUUGGAAAUAACUUUUAAAUAUUGGCUUUAUAAAGGUAUAAACAUUUCUCUAUUAUACAUAAUUUAUAUGACAGGCCUUGAUGAUGAUAUUUGAGGUCAUUUUAA